CUGGCUGGAGGAGGUGGCUGUCGUCGCUGGCCGGGGUCUCGUGCUCACUGGUGGUCGUGUCGCGUCGCCCUGCCGCAGUGCCGCCGCGACGCGAGGUGCGCAGUGGUGACCAGUGCCGAGGUGGGCGUGCCGCUCAAACAGACACGUGGCGGCUGCCGUGUGCGGGCGGGCGCGGGUGCAAGCAUGGCGGGGGAGGGGCUGCCGAGGGUGUCGGCGGCCCGGCACACAUGAGGGCGACCCCGAGGGCGGCCCCCCCGCUGCCACCACGCCGGCCAGGGAGGGCGGGGAGGCGGGCCACCGCGGCGCGAGCCCCGCGGUGGCCCGCCUCGUGUGGCCCAUCGUGGCGGUGCUCCUGGUGGUGGCCAUAGCAGGCCCGGCGCUCACCUGCUACCUGCUGGUCAAGGACUACUCUACAGAGAUCAUGACACUGCGGCGUGACCUGCUUCUCUGUCAGCUGGGGUCAAGUCACCUGCCGCCCAUUGGCCUUGACCUCCUCGACCCCCCUCUGACCCCCUCCCCUGCAUCACCCCGCACACCCAUCCCCUCCCUCCCCAUACCUGCCUCGCCCCUGCCUCUUGUUGCUGAUACGUCUGAUAAAUCUAGUUCUUCAUCUUCUUCCUUUUCCCUAGAGACCAGAGGGGAGAAAAGAGGUCCUCCUAAGGGUAUCCUACAGGACUCCUCCCCUAGCAGUCCUACGGAGGCUUCUAAAGGGGUUUCUGAAGAGGUUUCUAAAGAUAUUUCUAAAGGGGUAUAUAAAGAGUUUUCUAAGGGGAUUUUUAAAGGGGAAAAGAAGGGGGGUCUUAAAAGGGUUUCUAAAGGGGUUCCUAAGGUUAAUACACAUUCCCCUGAGAGUUUGUCCCUUAUAAUGAUGGAGGAUGAGUCUGUUACUCCUCCUCCUCCUCCCUCCACCUCCUCCUCCUCCUCCUCCUCCUCCUCCUCCAUCAUCAUCAUCACCCUCUUUUUCAUCUCCCCCCUCCUCCUCCUCCUCCUCCUCCUCCUCCAAUUCAUUUUUUGCGCUUUUCUCAUUUUUAACCAACAACACCACCACCACCACCACCACCACCACCACCACCACCACCACGCCAUCACCACCAUCCAUCACAACCCCCUCCACCACCACCACCACCACCACAAUCACACCCUCCGACGAGCCGCUCUCCCAAAAGGAGUACGUGGCGCUGCUGGAGCGGCAGCUGCGUGACCUGCGGGCGCGAGUGUCGGCGUGUCGGUCCUGCCUGGUGGCGCCGCAGAGGAAGCUGGCGAUGUGCGGCGGCGGCAAGGCGUGGCGGGACUACAGACAAAGGAGCCGCCUCUUACGCAGCCAGCAGAGACGCAGACGAAGGGAGGAGAAGAGACGGAAGGAGGAGGUGCAGAGAUUUAAGAACAGAGUCACCAGUCCGCCUACUACCACCACUACUACUUCUACUACUACCACUACUACUACGACGACGAGGCCGCCGCCACCACCACCACCGCCACCGCCGCGGCAUUCUGAUCCUAACUUAGAUGCGAUACUGGCUGACGUGGCGUACAGUGAACAGAAGGACAACCAGAGGGCGCGGGAGACACACAGAAUGAGCACUGAUUUCAGGCGAGGUUUUAACCAAAAAAUAUCAAGAAUGGAUGAAGCUCUAAUGCAGUUCACAGACACACAGGCGGCGUUCUGUAAGGAGCUGAGAGACAACCUGGGGGCGCGGCUGGGGAAGCGAGGACAAGAAUUGGAGGCGCUCUCAGACCAGAUUGCCUCGUUAGUCCGAACCACCACCACUCAAAUCACAGCUCUGGAAAAAGUGGCUUCUGAUCAGAUGUACGCGGGGCAGAGCAGCAUUGAGAAGACGCUAGCCCUCACGCAGGCCAUCAGGGACUCACAGCUGCGUGCAAUACAAAAUUACCACAAACAGACCUUUCUCCCUGUCGCCGCAGCUAUAGCCACCAUUCUGACGGAGCAGGCCUCGGCACUCACCUCCAUGGGCGUGGAGCUCAUCACGAAGGUUGAGAUGCUGCAAGACGUGUUUCUGACCUACGCCACAAGGGAGGCAGACACACUCAAGAAACUGACGCAGGAUGUGGAAAUGUUCGCAGCCAAGCACAGCAACCUCGUGGCGCGCACCCGGGACCACUCCAACCAAAUCUACCUGGGCGCAGAGAGCUUCGUCAGGGAGAUACAGAACAGAAUGAACAACGUGGUAAAGGAACUCGUGCUGAUAAGAAUGCAGAGUCAAACCUUCAUUUCUGCUAAUAAUGAUUCCCACAAUGAUAUUUCCUUCAGCGUGAACCAGACCCAGGCAGCAGUGGAGGCCUUAUCGCAGGGGCUGAAGGGCCGCUUGGACAAUGCUACAGACCUACAGCAAGAUUUUGGGAAGGUCUUCAAGAGAGAAACAGAUCACAUCUCUGCCACUGUUGAAUCUGGGAUAAGCGAGGCACUCGUCUCCAACCACGCGUCGGUGAGUCACGUGGAGGAGGCAGAGCUGGACACCCGGGUCUUCGUGGGCAGCGCUAAGGCGGCCUGGGAGGAGCUGUAUCUGACGCAGGAGGGGGAGCUCAGGAAGGAAGCCGACAUCCUCACCCAGAGCCUGCAGACACACACGCACCACACUCAGAACGUGCUGGCCGGCAUGAGAAGCACUGCGGAGACUCAUGAACUGGUGUUGGAGGAGCAGCGGAUGAGUUUCCAGCAGUUUAUCAAGAAGAGACAGGACGCGUUGGACAACCAGUGUGCGGCCGUGGGUGACUGGGCGACUCUCAUGUCCACAGAGCUGCGCAGAAGGGAUGAGGACCUGCACCGGUUUCUGAGCGAGGACCUUCAGUACACUACAGUCACCGUUGCUGAUGAUGACGAUAACUACAGAAUUUCCCGCCGCCCAGAUGGCUCGUGGGCGUACCAAUCCGACCACGCCCACGCCCACCGCCUCGCCCACGCCCGCCAGACCACUCCCAACGUGACGUAUCAGUUCGCAAGGAGUGCUUAUAGCGGCGGCUCGCUCCCCGCCGCACAAUCUAGUCUGACAAUUCGCCACGAGAGCGACGCAGGCACUCCGCCCCACGCCCUCACACCCACAGCGGCUAGGGACACCCCCGGGGCCGCCCCAAGGGACACCAAGAGCCACAGCACUGCCAGGGACACCCCCAUCGCUGCCAGGUACGAAGACACCCCCAGAGACACUGUUAUCACUGCCAAGGGGACGCAAGGGUCUCCUAAGGGUACGCCAGGGUCUUCUGAGGGUGCUUUUGGGAACAGUAGCAAUAAUAGUUCCUUGGAGACCCCCGGCAGCACCAGUAACGCUGCCACCGUCACCACCAUCACCAGUGGCGCUAACAUUACCGCCACGAGAAAGAGUAACAUUGCUAUUGACUCUCAAAAUACUGCCAAUAAUUUCACCACCACCACCACCACCACCACUACCGCCACUACCACGGAGAGCAUGAAGACUGACAACAGUGCUUCAAACAAGAGCGAAGAUAACCAAAAUGAAGGCAAACACACACCAGAUCCCACCAGAAACCGUGAAAAUAGUACCCAGAAUGCUUCAAAUAUUGGUACAAGCACUCAAAACACUGCCAAACACGCAAACACCACGGAAACAAGCACUCACACUGCCCACGCGGCUGAAGAACAUGAAGAACAGAACAGGAAAUCCCAAAACACUUCCACGAACACUGAAAAAGUGGAAAACACCAACAGUUCCACCACCUUUCCCAAGAACCCCAACCAAGCCUUUCUCCCUCCUGCUACAAACACACCAGAUAUUUCCUCCCCUGUCUCGCUUCCCCCGACCUCUACCACUGCCGGGGCGUCGCUACAUAACCAAGGGGAGGCAGAGACCCCUAGCAGCAAUGAAUCUGAAGAGAGUGACUUAUCAGAUGAAAGAGAAACAGUAGAUGUGGGCGUGAAGUUAAGCAGUCCCAAGCCUCUCUACACCUCAAACAUAACUGAGAAACUCGCUAAUGACACAGUGAAGAAUAUAACAGAUACCAGCCAUAUUAAACUCAAUGAAACGAUGGAAAAUAAAGAGGAAACUGAUGCAGGAUUAAAAACACAAGUGGGUCUAGUCCUCAGACAAAACGACGGUGAAUACCAGCCGCCUUGCAGAACGCCAUGUGCUACCAACUCAAACCCAGCCAAUACCCACCAAGAGGAUAGCGAGGAUGAGAGCGUGAAACAGUUCCGCAAGAUACUGCAAGACGCUCAGGAGGCGAUAAAAAGGUUCAGAAUGGACUUUCAACAUCAAGAUGCCAACGUUAGUCGAUCGAAUACUACAGUAACGGCUCCUUUCGUUCCAUGGGAGGAGUUCGUUGCCGAGAAAGCUGCCCAACGUGUCGUACGGUGCGGGAAUAAGACUGAAGACGCUGAUACUGAUGAUAAAUGUGAUGAUAAUGAACAAGUUAACAUCACAGCAUCGGAAAUAGGAGUUGCUGAAGAAACAGUGGAAUUGGAACCUAAAGAAGAGGAGAUUUCAAUGCAUGUGAGAUCAGAAAGUAAAAAUAAGAAUAAUACAGUAAGAAGUUAUAGAAAAGAUAACAAUGCCUUACAAGUUACAGUAUCAGAAAUAGGAGAUAAUGAAGAAAUUGAGAAACCAGAACCUAUUAAAGAAAAUAAACCACUAAAUUUUGAAUCAGAAAACAAAGAUAUGAUGAAUCCAUUACGAAAUCAUGGGCAAGAUAAUAUUACCUUAUCAGAAGAAUCAGAAGCUAUAGAUGAACAGAAACUGAUGCUACAAAUGGAGCCAGAAAGCAAACACAAGAAUCCAAUACGACAUAAACGCAGAAAAACGAAAAGCAGACGAAACAGAGAGAGAAAACGAAGCAAAGGGAAUAGAAAAGGAGGAAGAAGAGAAUGUAAUAGAAGCAAUAGUGGUGGUGGUGGUGGGAAAGGAAACAAUAAACGAAGGAGAAACAAUAAAAAGGAAAGAAGAGACAACAAAGAAUCACAAAACAGAGACGUAACUAAAAAAUCAAAACUUUUCACUCCCAUCCCUCUCACAUCCCAGCCUCCUAUCCACUCUUCCACCCCAGCGCCCUCUCGUCCCUCUCACCCCUCUCCCAGCCAUCCCCCAAGCCCCUCCAUGCCCACUCUCACUCUAUGGGACACGUGGCACACUCUCGUUCAAAAUGAUGCAAAGAAAAAGAAAAAAGCACAACCAGUGAUGAAAGAAAACAGAAGUGUGACAUUAGUUGAGGAUACCCUGGGUGAGGAGAAAGAAAAUGGAGAUACUGUGGCAUAGAAAAUGGGAUGAAGUUGUGUGAAAAUAUAUCGUUAUGAAAAAAUAUGAUGAAACUUAUAUAAAAAGAAAGAGUUAAGUGAUACGGAAGUUACAUUAUAGAAAAGAUAAUAGAAAGGGAAAAAUAGAAAAUCAUAUGCUAAAAUCUAUUAAAACUUGCGAAAUAAAA